AUGGACUGGACUUGUAGUGAAUGUACUUACACGAAUUCAUCUGAGGAUAAAAUCUGUGUAGUAUGCGAAGAUGGAUAUCGAUUCUUUUCCGUGGAUUCGAAUGAAAAUAGUUCACAAAACAUGGACGACAACGUUGAUUCAAACGACAGUGUUAUCACUUUAAACAAUAAAGCUAAUGAACAAGAACAAGAAAAUCUGUCGUCUACUUCUGUUGCACGUGAACACGACGAAGACGAUAAUCUUCUUGGUAGGACGAUCGAUAACAGGAAAAAAAUAGACCAAUUUAGAUUUAAUGUAGGAGCUAUUUGCUACAGAACAGAUAUCUACGUUCGCGAAGACGGUGAAGUUUUGUACGGCCAACAAGCAAUUGAUGAACGCAAACGAUCUAUUGCCAGAAGAAAAGCACUUGAUUUGCAAAAAUUACUGGAAAAAUCGUCAGAUAAACUAGAUUCAAAGAGACAAAAGUCAUUAUCGACAUUUUCUACUAACACCUUGAAAACCUCUGCGACUGAUGCUACGAAAACAUCUUUUACUUCGGCAUCAGCUGGUCAUUUUAAUGCUUUAACUGCUCACGCAAAAGUUGCAAACGUCAGUGCCACUGCAACAGCAGAAAUAGCCACUGUUUCUACGGGCAAUGCGUUUGCCACCGGUGCCAAUGCUUCGGCCUCUGCGUCAUCUUCCGUAGUGCGUGUAAACACUCUGAAUACCACCGCUACUGGUGUUAAUACUUCGAUCAGUGCGACCGCCGAUGGUUUGAAAGUAGCUGCUGGAAAUGUAAGCGUUACCGGCGCUGAAACUACUGCUUCUGUUUCUGCAUCAGCAGCCAAAGUCAUUGUGGGCAAUGUUGAUGUGACCGGUGCCAGCGCCGGUGCAAGUGCUAGUGUGAAUGGAGCCGGUGUUUCGGCUUUCAAUGUUAGCAUCGGUGGAGCCAGUGCUGCUGCAUCAGUGAAUGUAGAUGGUUCACUUUCUUUUGGAAAUGUUAAUUUGGGUCUUCGACCAUCGCUGGAUAUCGGCUUGGGUCUAAACAUAGGAAUUCCGUUCUUAAGUGGUUCGCGAGUGGGGUCCGCUGGCGGCGGUAACAACAAUGGCGAUGAAUGCAACGACGAGAAAGUUCAUGGAUUAGAAGGAUGCCAGAAAUAUUUAUCGGAAAAGUUUCCAAAUCAACGGCAUUAUGUAAAGGCUGCUGAAUUUUCAGUCGACCCGAAUACAACGGGUGAAGCGAUUGAUCCAACUCUGACCGAUAAACGACUCGAACGAGACAACGGUGAUAAUUCUGCCGUUGAAAACGUCAUCGGUCGACACGAAAAACUCGUUGAAGAAGGAAACAAAUUCGUUGGCUUUAAAGGAGGUCCAAAAAGAGAUAAUACUACUAAUGAACAAUCAAGUUCGGAGCCGGCUGCGCCAUCCACGAUUAUUAACUCAGAUUCGGGGUCGGUAACAGUCCCCUCUAAAAACGAAUGGAGUGGCAUGUAUACUUCACCGUCACCUGCUGUUGCUGCUGGAUACGCCAUAGACGAUCAAGGACGUCCAGGUGUGAUCGAUCGAGUUUAUUUGCCGAAAGGUGCCGCUGAUAUGUAUCACACCAGUACAGGAUUAAACACACGCGAAGGAACAGAAGCGUUGAAACAAGUUCGACAGCAUUCAAACGAAAGGUACAUUUUCAGUGGCCCUCAACAUGCAACCGACCCCGAUUUACGCCCUCCUGAAACCGUUAUUUCUCCAGCUGUUCGCGAUGAAGCAUUAGCGGCUGGAAACAUACGGUUUGAACCGUCUGCUCAUGGAAUCAAUCGACAAUCGUAUCAAAUGGACACAGUUUACGAAAGAGAACUUGAAUCUUCACGUAUAGUUCCCGAUUACAUGGUCAACAUGACGAAAGGUCCUGCCGACUGUGAACGGGAUGGAGGUCGCGAACGACUUGGCCAUGUUUUUCAAGGUCGGCCACCCUAUGGAUACGAAACUGUUCCACUGAAAACGAAAGAACUCAGUGACGACGAUAAAUUAUUGCUUGAAGAAUGCAGAAAAUUGGGAUUCGAAAUUCCGCCAGGCUCGUUAGACGAAUGGGUAAAGAAAUUGAGAAGUGAUGAAGAAUACGAACGUGAAGAAGACGUCAAAAAUCGUCGAGCUCAAAGCAAUAAUAAUGGCAACAGUGAAAAGUUCAUGACAAAACAAGACAAAGAAGAAUCUGAAGAAGAAAACGAACCACUGAAACCCUGCAAAGACCACCCAAUCAACGUUCGGUGUAUGAAAUGCAUCAGCGGUUCAUCUGAACCUCGAGUUCGUCAAUUGCACGGUCGAAUCCACGGAUUCAAGUUCAACAAUUAG